AUGGCGCUCAGAGGUGUCUGGCAGCUCCAGAAGCUCGUUGUGAGCUACUGCGACUGGGGAGGGAGCAGUCGAGGCAUCAGGUUUCUCUUCUUGUACCUAUCCAGUGUUUCAUCAACCGACUUUACUUUAUUUCAGCAUGUUAAUCUAAGUUUAUAUAUUUUCUUGUGUAUUCUAUUAUACUUUCCUUACACACCUAAUUGAGACUGCACAUUUCGUCUGAGGAUGCUACUAUGUCGUUAACUGAUUGAAUGAGAUAAUAAGAAAAACGAAUUGGAAUUCGGAAUUUUUAAUUGCUUAUAAUUUUGGAUCAUCUGACUCAAAACGAAGUGGUUAAUCAGUGAUAUGGGUUUAUCUUUAACAUAAAUUUUGAUGAAAUAUCUAUGUGAUAGUAAUAUUAUUUCCUUAAUGUUAUUCAAGACUUUAGUCUCUGAAAGUCCAUAAUGUUUUGAUGCCCAUUAGUACAUCAUUUCUGAUAAUAUGAGUUAGAGUACCAUACAGAGUUCCAGUUAGACGAAUAAGCCGAAUUAAAAUAUCUCUCAAUAAUAGCUCAUAUUCGAGUAAAAUAGUGAAGGAGAAUCCGUGGCACAACACAUUAAUAAUCCCCAACAGGUGAUGCCCGAAGAUUAUGUAGAACUUCAUAUUGGCAUUUAUAUGCUUUCCCUGCAGGGAUUAUUAGGCGAAUUGAAGGAGUGGAGAUUCUGGGUCUUCUCUCUCUCUCUCUCUCUCUCCCCUUACCCAUUAGUGUUUCCAAAUCCAUUCUAAACAUCUAUUGAUAUCUUCUUCUUUUUGAGAUUUAUAAGUCAUGGAUAUUUUGGAAAUUGGGUUGGAACUGAUCAUCAUAGUGAUGAGGAUGAUGAAUAUUGUCGCUGUUGUUUUACUAUUCUUGGUUUCCUCCACACGAGGGCAAUGGGCACUGCUGAAUCCUUGGAUUUCCACUUCAUUCUAUGAACAGGAUUGUCCAGAGGGGGUUGACCUUGAGUCUCAGAGCUCCCUGGUUCCGCAGAUUUUUUUUUUCUUAACCUGAUUUCUCAUUAAUAAUACUGCAGGGCGUUUAUGGAAGCCCACUUGCCGGCAUUCAAGGAGAAGAACCCGCAGCUGGAGGUGGUCACCGAGCUGAUCCGCGGGCAGCAUCCGCACCUGAAGGGACUCUACAGUGAGUGUAUUAUUAGUAGAUAGGCUGUUCCCUCUUCAUUAACGUAGUCCACAGAAGUCUUUGAGGGAGGCUGCUGUUGACUUGUGGUAUUCUUCUCGUUGGGGUGGGGUGUGUGCAGAAAAUCACAACGAUCGGGUGGUCUGCGUGAAGAAUCUCCCGGCAGAGGACAUCCUUCUGCAUGCGACCAGGCUGAGGAAUGCCCUAGGGAGGAAGGUGGUGAAGCUGAGGACCAGGCACGUGACCAAGCAUCCGAGCGUCCAGGGCACCUGGACCACGGCCCUCAAGUUUGAGAGCUGA